CGUCACUAGGUGCGCUGAGAUUCGAUCUAUCGAAAGCAUGCAAAUUCAUUGUUGGGAACGAAAUUUCGAGUAAUUUUUAUACACAAAUACAAGCCUCAGACAGCAUGGCAGACAACGCCAACAGCGACGACGAGUUCCACGAUGCGAUGAGUUCCGGAGAGAACGCCAGCGAAAAGGAGGCCACCAAAUCCCAGUUAAAUGAGAAAGACAUUGACGAGAUUGUCGAGAAGCAGAGCACGCUCCAGCUGGACGAUGACGAGGAAGGUGCGGCCGCCGCCGCCACUGGUACUUCCGAUGGUAAUGGCGACCAGGAGGUGAAACAGCCCGAUUGUGAAAUAAGCCUUGAGGAGUUGCGCCAGCUGGAAAAGAAUCUGAGUGUCGAGGAGCUGGCGGCAAACAAAGAAAAGGCCGACAAACUUAAAUUGGAGGGAAACGAGCUGUUCAAGAACGACAAUGCCCAGCGAGCCAUCGAAAUCUACACAGAGGGCCUGAACGUCUGUCCCUCGGACAGCAGCAAGGAACGGGCGGUGCUGUAUGGCAACAGAGCAGCUGCCAAAAUUAAGCUGGAGUCCAACAAAUCGGCCAUUGAUGACUGCACAAAGGCCAUUGAACUGUGGCCGGAGUACGUUCGAGUGCUAUUGAGACGAGCCAAGCUCUACGAACAGGAUGACAAGCCAGACGAGGCUCUGGAGGAUUAUAAGAAGGUCUAUGAGAUUGAUCCCGGACAGCCUGAAGCACGUGAGGCGCAGAUACGUUUGCCGCCCAUAAUCAAUGAACGGAACGAGAAGCUUAAAACCGAGAUGAUGGCCAAUCUGAAGGAUCUGGGCAAUAUGAUUUUAAAACCUUUCGGCCUGUCCACACAGAAUUUCCAAAUGAACCAGGAUCCCAAUACGGGCUCAUAUUCCUUUAAUUUUAAUCAGAAACCAAGCUAGUUAAAUGUGUGCGUCUGUUAGUUUAUUGAGGAAAUAAAACUGUUUCCAAGAUCUACAA